UAAGUAGACGACACUAAAACAGUUACUACGCUCGCUUUCUUCUUCGUCUUCAUUCAUUUCCACCUCGUUCUUAUAACAAGUUAACAACAACGACACACCGUUUUUGAACGGGUUUCCUUAGAUCUCGAUCUCGAACGCCAUGGCGUUUUUGAGAUCUCAAUCGCUCUCUGCGGUUGCUGUUCUUCUGCUACUCCUCAUCCAUGGAGCUCACUCCUUCUACCUCCCCGGCGUCGCCCCGCAGGAUUUCCAGAAGGGAGAUCAAUUACAAGUGAAAGUAAACAAAUUAACAUCAACAAAGACCCAGCUUCCAUACACAUAUUAUUCACUUCCUUAUUGUCGUCCAGAAAAAAUACAGGAUAGUGCUGAAAAUCUCGGGGAAGUACUUCGUGGUGACCGCAUUGAAAAUUCUCUUUAUGUGUUCAAAAUGCGUGAGCCACAAAUGUGCAAUGUUGUGUGUAAACUUAAACUCGAUGCCAAAACUGCUAAGGAGUUCAAAGAGAAGAUCAACGAUGAGUAUCGGGUGAACAUGAUCCUAGAUAACCUUCCUCUAGUUGUUCCCAUAAAAAGGACCGAUCAGGAGGAUUCUUAUUUUUAUCAGCUUGGUUACCAUGUCGGACUCAAAGGGCUGUACAGUGGGGUUAAGGAGGAGAAAUUUUUUAUUCACAAUCAUUUGGCAUUUACUGUUAAGUUUCAUAAAGAUGCAGUGACGGAAUCUGCUAGGAUUGUGGGCUUUGAGGUUAAGCCAUUCAGUAUCAAACAUGAAUAUGAUGGUAAGUGGGAUGAAAAGAUUCGUCUAACAACCUGUGACCCCCAUGCUAAACACACAGUUGUCAACUCCAACACUCCUCAAGAGGUUGAAGAAAACAAGGAGAUUAUCUUCACAUAUGACGUUGACUUCCAGGAAAGUGAGGUGAAGUGGGCUUCAAGAUGGGAUGCCUAUUUGUUAAUGAAUGAUGACCAAAUUCACUGGUUCUCAAUUGUUAACUCAUUAAUGAUUGUUCUCUUCCUCUCGGGAAUGGUAGCAAUGAUAAUGCUGCGGACACUGUACCGUGACAUUUCGAAGUACAAUGAGCUUGAGACCCAAGAAGAAGCCCAAGAAGAGACUGGUUGGAAACUUGUCCAUGGUGAUGUGUUUAGGCCCCCUAACAACUCAGAUUUGCUCUGUGUUUAUGUUGGAACUGGUGUUCAGUUUUUUGGAAUGAUAUUGGUAACCAUGAUAUUUGCUGUGCUUGGGUUCCUUUCUCCUUCAAACCGAGGUGGCCUAAUGACAGCCAUGCUCUUGCUAUGGGUUUUCAUGGGAAUUUUCGCUGGUUAUGCUUCAACUCGCUUAUACAAAAUGUUCAAGGGAACGGAGUGGAAGAAAAUGGCCCUCAGAACGGCAGUAGUGUUCCCUGGAAUUGUAUCUGCCGUUUUCUCUGUGUUAAAUACUCUCAUAUGGGGCGAAAAAUCAUCUGGAGCUGUGCCAUUUGGAACUAUGUUUGCUCUGAUCUUCUUAUGGUUUGGGAUUUCAGUUCCACUUGUUUUCGUUGGUAGUUAUGUUGGGUUCAAGAAGCCAGCAAUUGAAAAUCCUGUGAAGACAAAUAAAAUCCCAAGGCAGAUCCCUGAGCAGGCUUGGUACAUGAACCCAGUCUUCUCGGUUUUGAUUGGUGGAAUACUCCCAUUUGGAGCUGUUUUCAUUGAACUUUUCUUCAUCCUCACUUCAAUCUGGUUGAAUCAGUUUUACUACAUCUUUGGAUUCCUCUUUUUGGUCUUCAUCAUCCUGAUCAUCACUUGUGCCGAAAUAACCAUUGUUCUCUGCUACUUCCAGUUGUGCAGUGAGGAUUACUUGUGGUGGUGGCGGUCAUAUCUCACUUCUGGUUCUUCCGCACUUUAUCUCUUCCUCUAUGCCACAUUCUACUUCUUCACCAAGCUUGAGAUCACAAAGUUGGUAUCUGCAAUAUUAUACUUUGGGUACAUGCUCAUAGCUUCUUAUGCGUUCUUUGUGGUAACCGGUACUAUAGGAUUUUAUGCUUGCUUUUGGUUCACUAGGCUCAUCUACUCCUCAGUCAAAAUUGAUUAGUCAUAGUUGUCUACUGGUUUGGGUUAAUCUUCUAUACUUUCCUAAGGGAUGAAGAAAAAUUUGUGUACGAAUUUUGAAAAUUCAGAUACUAUAACAUUCAGAUGUAACCUAUUCUAUACAAUUUUGAAUUGUGACGACA